UCUUGUCAUCAGUAUUUCAACUGCUUGCAUUGUCUAACAGAUUCUCAAUGCGGUUGGUGUGAUUUAACUAAUUUUUGUCGGUCUCGAUCUGAGAUUGAAAAUAUCAGUUGUAAUUUUAAUGAAAAUUGGCAGUAUUUGACUCUUCAACCAAGCAGUUGUUCGAACUGUUCAAACUAUAUUACUUGUGACUCUUGCAUUAAAUCUCAACUUUGUGAAUGGUGGAUAGAAGAAGCACGUUGUGCAAGAAUGGGACAAAGGUCUGACGCUGCCACUAAAAUAAACCAGUGUCCUAUUCCUUGUUAUAAGAGAAGUACUUGUAGUUCCUGUUUAGAUCAAAAAGGGAGAUGUGUGUGGUGUCAAGCAACACAACAGUGUUUUAGUUUUUCAAUAUAUACCAGUGAAUAUCAGUUUGGGUUAUGCCGGGAAUGGUUAGACCAAGCUUUUCCAUUGGUUACGAGACAAGAAAGUAGUAUGUUGCCAACUACAAAAACUCUGGAACAAUGCAAAACAUGUUCAAUGCAUUCCAACUGUUCUAUUUGUCUUAGUUCUCUUAGCUGUGGAUGGUGUUAUAACCAUUCUAAUCCAAUGACAGGAGCUUGUGUUCAAGGAGAUUUUAAUAAUCCCCACACAAAUUGUUCUGAAAUAUUAAAUAGUGUUGAUGUGAAGUGGGCUUACGCUCAAUGUCCAGAUGUUGAUGAAUGCGGUCUAGGAUUGCAUGAUUGUCACACACAAGCAAUAUGUACCAAUACGGAUGGUUCCUUUAGUUGUCAUUGUAAAAAAGGAUAUAUUGGAGAUGGAAGGACAUCAUGCAUACGCACUUGUUUCAAUGUUUGUGUACAUGGGAUUUGUCAAGGGGAACCUGAUUAUGCAUGUAAAUGCGAUAUUGGUUGGUAUGGAGAUGACUGUUCCAACAACUGUGAUUGCAAUAAUCACUCAGCUUGUCCCGAAGGUAAAGGAAUUUGCCAGAAGUGUAUGGAUAACACAAUGGGUGAUUUUUGUCAGCAUUGUAAACCAGGUAGUUACGGAAAUGCUACAACUGAUCAAGAUUGUAAAUACAUCGUCAUCGUCGUCAUCCUCAUCGUCGUUCCCAUCGUCGUCGUCGUCCUCAUCGUUGUCGUCAUUGUCGUUGUCCUUAUAGUAGUCAUCGUCGUCCUCAUCGUCCCCAUCAAAAGUUUAUUAAAAACAAAAGAAACCUAA